GGGUUCAAUCACCAUCACGUAGUUAUAUGUUUGUUGAUACUCGAAGUGAAUAAUAUGGGACUCAUAUCGCUGACUAUUUCGGAAGUUAAUAGUUUGGUUAGCGAACAUUUCAUCAAGAUAUUCGGCAAUGUGGUGGAGCACUGCCCUGCUGCAGCCAUAGGGAUUUUGAAGUACAGACCUUUCAAUUCCACCAUGGACAUCUACAAGGCUAUCGUCAGCUACAUCGAUGGGCUGAGCAUAAAUGAGAAACAGAAUUUAUUAUAUUUCCACCCUGAUUUCGUUUCACAACUGAUCAACUUGAGCAGAUUGCAACUGGAAAACUCUCCGAAGAAAAUGAACCAAACAAUCUCCCUUGAUAUGUUGCCGAUAUCUGAAAAGAGAAGACUGAACACACUCAAUGAUAGAUACAAAGAAAAAUUUGGAUUUCCCUUCGUGAUAUUUGGAAAAAGGAACAUCGACCUGAUUCUGAACGAGAUGGAAAAAAGGAUGGAAAACAGCCCGGAGAAAGAAAUAGAGCUGGCAAUACAAGAGGUGAAGAAAAUCAGCAGAGUCAGGAUACAUGAGCUCAUCAAGAACUGAACUCUCUUAUAUUUGAAUGAAAAAUUGAAUUCCCUUUGUCUUACAGAACUUGAAUUUUGUAUUUGACUGAUGAAUUUUCUCAGACCACACAGAACUGAUUUUUCUAAUAUUUAGAAAAUAAUUUAAGGUUGUAUAUUUUGUAAAUAAAUAAAUGUUUUUAUAUAUAAAUGGAAAA